AUGUUAAAAGCUGUGAUAUUAAUUGGGGGACCGCAAAAAGGUACACGUUUCCGCCCCCUAUCCUUGGAUACACCUAAACCGCUAUUUCCUAUAGCUGGUCUUCCGUUAAUACAACAUCAUAUAGCAGCAUGUGUUAAGCUAGAAGAAUGCAAGGAGAUAUUGAUCAUUGGUUCCUACACUGCAACACUUAUGACACAAUUUGUGACUGAUAUGCAGAAAGAAUAUCAUGUAAUUAUUAGGUAUUUACAAGAAUUCACUGCAUUAGGUACUGGUGGUGGUCUUUAUCACUUCAGAGACCAAGUGAGGGCAGGUAAUCCGAGUGCCUUUUUCUUGCUCAAUGGUGAUGUUUGUGCUGAUUUUCCUUUGAAGGAAUUAUGGACCUUCCAUGAAGAGAGACCUAAUGCUUUGGUAACAAUAAUGGGUACGGAAGCAACUCGUCAACAAUCCAUUCACUAUGGAUGUAUGGUGAGCGAGGCAUCUACAAAAGCUGUUACACAUUAUGUAGAGAAACCUAAUACAUAUGUAUCAACAUUGAUAAACUGUGGUGUGUAUGUUUGUUCAUUGCAAGUCUUCCAUACAAUGGCAGAAGCAUUCCAGAAGAAACAAGAUGGAUAUUACAGUGCGUGUGGACAAAAUGGUUCUCAUCCUGGUUAUAUGUCAUGGGAGCAAGAUGUCUUGGCACCACUCGCGGGAACAAACAAACUAUUUGCUAUGCAGGUAAACAACUGGUGGUCACAAGUGAAGACAGCAGGUUCAACAAUAUACGCGAACAGACAUUAUCUAGAAUUGAACAGAUACAAGCAGACGGAGCCACCCUGUCAGAUAGUACCGGAUGUCUUCCUACAUCCUACUGCUGUUGUGGAUAGCACCGCUGUGAUCGGACCAAAUGUAUCAAUAGGUGCGGGUGUGACUGUGAAGGCUGGAGUUAGAAUAAAGGAGUCUAUAAUUCUGAACAACGCUACUAUAAAGGAACAUGCACUAGUUAUGUAUUCUAUUGUUGGUCAAGAUGCGUCAGUGGGUGAAUGGUCUCGUGUUGAAGGCACACCUUCAGACCCGGACCCAAACAAGCCCUUUGCUAAAAUGGACAACCGGCCUUUAUUCAAUACAGACGGACGUCUCAACCCAUCAAUUACUAUAUUAGGUGCGGGUGUUGUUGUUCCCGGUGAGACUAUACUUCUUAACUCUAUAGUCCUUCCGCACAAACUUCUCACCAGAAGCUUCAAGCAUGAAAUUAUUUUAUAAUCAUUUUUUUAUAGUACAACAUAGCAAAUGAUUUACCUAAAAUCUCUAAAAUAGACGUGAUUGCUGCCUAUAAAUGAAUUUAACAGGCAAAUCCGUAGCACUGACUAUGUUAA